AUGUUCCAAACACGUCGUCUUCUCAGAGAGGAGAUCACUCUUUCAGGUGCCAAGCAGCGAGAAGUCAACGUACUUCAUCAGCUAGGCUAUUACGACCAACAAUGCUCCUUCUUCUCCGAACUGUAUGCGAAACGAGAAUGGAUGAAAGCAGUAGUUGCCCAUCACCUUGGGCUAGGUUCAACGCAAGGAUUUCGCGUUGCAGAAGUACAAGACUGGUCUAGAGGCAGCUUCAAUGUCUGCAUUCCCAUUACGGUCGAGAAAUGGGAGGGCCUACAGCCCGGAGCCGAACCAGGAAAUGCGGACGAGAAGAUACGAUGCGAGGCUGGUGCGUACGCAUGGCUUCAGCAUAACUGUCCGGACAUUCCGAUCCCCCGGCUUUAUGGGUUUGCUUUAUCAACAGGCGAAUGUUAUACACAUUAUAAUAACUUGCCUUUUAUAAGCCGUUGUUUACAAUCUGUUCGCAAUUAUCUGCGCUCUUGGUUUGGUUUCCCGUUGCCCUCAAAUUAUUGUGUCCAUCCAUUCCGGUCCAGUCAGUCUAUGCAUCACACCAACAACCUCGGAUACUUAUUGAUAGAAUGCAUCGAGCAAACGCAAGGAACGAUGCUCUCAAACACUUGGCUUCAAAACCAAAGUAACGCCGAACUGCGUGGAAAUUUCUUUCGAGACCUUUCCCGACUGCUGUUAAGCAUCAGUCGAAUCCCCUUGCCUCGCAUUGGAUCAUUCACCAUUGGUGGAAAGGGCUACUUGACUCUCGACAAUCGCCCACUCACGAUGGAGUUGCAUGAAUUGGAAAAUGAAAGCAUUCCUACUGAUCUGUCUCGAGAGUACACCUACCACACCGUCGAAUCCUACGUCGCGGAUUUACUAGCCACCCAUGAUAACCGCCUUCGAUACCAGCCUAAUGCCGUAAACAACGUGCAGGAUUGCGGUUACCAGAUGUCGGCCUUGGCAGCAAUGCGCACAACUGCCCCUUUGUUCUAUAGUCGAGAUCUCCGCCGCGGACCUUUUGUUUUCAGCCUCACAGACCUCCACCAAAGCAAUAUUUUCGUCGAUGAGAAGUGGAAUAUCACCUGCCUUGUCGACCUUGAGUGGGCCUGUUCUCGACCUAUUCAAAUGGUUGAACCGCCGUACUGGUUGACUAAUAAAGGUGUUGAUGAGAUCGAUGCAGAGGAAUACGAUAAAUACCGCAGGGAAUUGAUGGCUGCGAUGGUCUCAGAAGAGGCGAAAUUGGAGAAUACGGAGCAUAAAUCUCCACUGUUGUCCGAGGUAAUGGAACAGACAUGGGCUACUGGGACAUUUUGGUUUUCAUUGGCUCUUUCCAGCCCAUCCGGGCUUUUCAGGCUGUUCUACGAACACAUCCAACCACUAUUGUCCAAACACGAAUCGCACGAAAUUGGUGAAAUCAUGCCGUUUUAUUGGGGCAGAAAUGCGGGGAAAUUUGUGGCAGAAAAGCUCCAAGACAAGAAAAGAUAUGACCAUGAGCUUCAGGAAGCUUUCGAAACGAGUCCGUGUUGUAAUGAAUGUUGAAGAAGAGGGGGGAAAUAUAAAGGAAAGUUCAAAACGACCCCCGCUAUCCGAUCUCACUUUCUCUAGGCGCAAGGUUACAGAAGACUGAGACGUACAGCACCCGGAAUUAUCUCUUUUAGAGUAUAGAACCUGUGACAAAUUUCUCUGCCGCUAGCCAGGUCUCCAUUAAGCCUCACAAAUGAG